AUGGUGGCGCCGAGCUUGCCGCCUGAUGUCACGAGCUUGUUAAUGGCGGCUCCGAGCUCGUCAACGGUGGUUCAGAAUUCGUCUCAUGUUGCUUCGAACUCGUUAAUGGCGGCUUCAAGCUCAUCUCCUGUUGUUACGAGCUCGUCGAUGGCGGAUCCAAGUUCGCCUCCUGAUGUUCCGAGCUCGUCGAUGGCAGCUCCGAGCUCACCUCCUGAUGUCCCGAGCUCGUCGAUGGCGGCUCCGAGCUCACCUCCUGAUGUCCCGAACUCGUCAAUGGCGGCUCCGAGCUUGUCAAUGUUGGCUCUGAGUUCGUCUCCUGUUGCUCCACACUCGUUAGUGGCGAUUCCAAGCUCAUCUCCUGUUGCUCCGAACUCGUCGAUGGUGGCUUCGAGUUCGAUCUCGUCUGUUGCUGCUUCGGAUCCUUUGUCGAUGAAAGAGUGUGGUCUGGAUGCGGAGGGCACGAGCUUGCCAUUGGUGGGGACGAGCUCGGCUUUUGUUUCAAGCUCGUCUGUUCCUAGCUCAUUUCUUGGUUCGAGCUUGUCGCUUGCUGUCCCAAGCUUGCCGUUGUCGAUAGAGCCGUGUCGCGGUGAGGUGGGGUUGAGCUCGUCGUCUACUGGUUCGAGCCCGUCUCUCAUUCCGAACUUAUCUUCUGUUGUGCCAAGCAUGCCGUCGGUGAUGGAAAAGUCGGAGCUGAGUUCGUCGAUUGGUAUGCCGUUGGAUGGGAAGGUUGCUUGUGAGCAGCUGUCUUUGUUAGUUCGUAAGAUGGAGCUUGCUGAUGGCCGCAAGUCGUGGUCGGAGAUUGCCGAAUCUGUCAUUGUUGUUGAGUUAGGUACUCUUACGGGAAGUGAAGCAGAAGACAGGGUAAGCGCGAGUUUGAUCGAGGAAGGGACCAGGUUUCUUUUUGAUGAGCACAGGACAAAUUUGGUGGCGGAGCCUGGUGUUGGAGGGUCGAAGUUGUCUUUGAAAACGCUUCCUGUUGUCUCGAGUUAG